UAAAGUUGGGAACUUUGGGAAGAAUUGUAAAAGAAGAUGGGCAAAACAGUAACUUUAGAACUAGCUGGAAAGACCGACCGCUGCUUGAGUUUGAAGCAUCGGUGGCUCGGAAGUCCCAACCGAACCAAACCGAAAUAAACAACCUUAAAAACCAAUCUUAAAUGAAUCCCAACCAACCUUUCCUUUUCUUCUUCUAACUUCUGUUAAAACCCAAAGCAAAACCCUUCUAAACAAAAACGAAAAAACUAGUUCCAAUGGCGAGCAGUUCGGUCAACUUGGAAGAUGUACCAUCCGAAUCACUGAUGAGUGAGCUUCUUCGCCGUAUGAAAUGCGCCUCCAAACCCGAGAAGCGCCUCAUCCUCAUUGGUCCACCUGGAUCAGGAAAAGGUACUCAAUCACCAAUGAUUAAGGAUGAGUACUGCUUGUGUCACUUGGCCACUGGUGAUAUGCUAAGAGCUGCUGUUGCUGCUAAAACCCCACUUGGUAUCAAGGCCAAGGAGGCUAUGGAUAAGGGAGAACUUGUUUCUGAUGACCUGGUCGUUGGCAUUAUCGAUGAAGCGAUGAAGAAACCUUCAUGUCAAAAAGGUUUCAUUCUUGAUGGAUUUCCAAGGACUGUAGUCCAAGCACAGAAGCUUGAUGAAAUGCUUGAAAAGCAAGGAGCUAAAAUCGAUAAGGUGCUCGAUUUUGCAAUUGAUGAUGCGAUCUUGGAGGAGAGGAUUACUGGUCGCUGGAUCCACCCUGCUAGUGGUAGGACCUACCAUACAAAAUUUGCACCGCCUAAAGUUCCUGGCAUUGAUGAUGUGACUGGGGAACCUUUGAUUCAGCGUAAAGAUGAUACUGCAGCUGUUCUCAAGUCAAGGCUAGAGGCAUUUCACAAGCAAACUGAACCGGUGAUCGAUUAUUACUCCAAGAAGGCAUAGUUGCAAAGCUUCAUGCGGAGAAGUCUCCGAAAGAGGUAACAGAUGAUGUUAAAAAGGUACUUUCAUGAUCAAACCUCAGUGGGGAUGAAGUUUCGAAAGUGCUUUCGACUCAUGAAUGUUGGUUCUCUUAACUUACAGAAAAAGAACCU